AUGAUCAUCGUGCACGUCAACGACCGCCUGGGCACCAAAGCCGCAAUCCCUUGCUUCGGGUCCGACAAUAUCGGGGCGUUCAAGGUGAUGGUGGCGGCGCGGAUCGGGCGGGAGCCGCAUGAGAUCUUGCUCAAGCGGCAAGGAGAGCGGCCGUUUAAGGAUCACAUUACACUGGGAGAUUAUGGCAUCAGUAAUGGGGUGCAGAUUGAUCUGGAGGUGGACACAGGGGAUUGA